AUGAUGAUAGUGUUUGUGAUACUUAUCUACUUCAAUGGUCUCCUUGUUAGCUCUGAGGGUAACUACCUUCCCUUCCUGUAUCCUACUGACUAUCUAACAAUCAGCAAUAAUUCUUAUGCUAAUGUUUCAUUGCCAUCUACACUUAAAUUUGGAUCUUCUUGUUAUAACUAUGCUUAUAUUCAGACUAGAGGAUACAUCUCUCUUGAUGCUGGCUUUUAUAUUGAUGUAUAUUAUGACAGAAUAGAUUUAACUGGAAGAAGUGGUGAAAUACGUUACGCUCUUAUAACUCCAACAACAAAUCUUUCAUUGAGUAAUCAAGUCAAUGAUUACUUAUCUAAUUCAACUGGUAGUAGUGUAUCUGUUGAAUGGAUACUGUGGGCCUACUGGCAUAAUGUAUGCUCAAUUGAUAAUAUUUGUAACAAUACUGAGUCUAAUCAUUUUCAGGUUGUAUUAGCUCAUCAAAGUAAUGCCACAUAUGCUGUGUUUAUAUACAAGUGUGGACUCAUACGAUGGACAACUGGAGCUGGCAUUGGUAUUAUUUAUGACUUUGGUAGUCAUUAUCAUUCAUUAUCUAAUACUGAUAAUGUUACUGACAUAGACUGCUAUGAUGCAGUAUCAGGAUGGACUAAUAUUGUAUACAGACUAGAUCAAGUUAUAAAUAGGUUUGAAUUCCUAUCCAUUACACCUGACAGUAUUACAGUAUCAUGGGAACUUAGCAUUCCAGCUAUUAACAGUCCACUUAUUCUGCAUAUCACUGAUUCAAUUCAAAUAAUUAAUGAAACAAUUACUGUUACUGGACAUUAUGCAUAUAACUAUACUGAUGAGAUAAACCUUUGCAAUUUUUAUACUUUUAAACUGACUCUACCAAAAGCAAGAACCGACUGCACUGAAGACAUAAAAAUCAUAUCUACAGCUUUGACACCAAAACCUGACAAUGUAUCUGCAUUAUAUCUAACCAAUGAAACAUUAAUAAUAAGAUUUCAAAUACUUCAGUGCUUUAUAAAGAAGAUACAACUACUUUUGGUUGGAGCUAAUGCUUUAAAUACAUUAGGUCCAUUGGAUAUUGAUAAUCUUCAAUACAUUGAUGAGUUUUAUAUUAUACACUGGAAUAUAAAACUAAAUGACCAUUCAUUGUAUUACCUAACAGUAUCAGCAAUUGGUACAUAUGGAACUAGUAGCUCUAAUGUAACAGAAAUAAAUGCAUAUAAUGUAAAGGAUAUAAUAAUAGAGAGGAAUGAAGAUAUUGUCUGCUUUGUUUGUAUUACUGAAGUGCUUAAUGAAUGUCAAUUAAUAGCAUCAACAACAACACUGAUACCACAAUCAAUACAAACUAAUGGAACAUGUUAUUCAUUUACUGAUAAUGGAACAUACACUGUAUAUGCACAUGAUAUUGAGAAUGGAAUAAAGAUACUGACACCAGCAAUAGUUAUACAAUAUACAGUGGACUGGAUUAAACCAUCAGACACAGAGAACAUAUUAUCAAGUACAAAAGAGUUGAUAAUAUACCAAACAAGCAGUGAUGAAUCAAUACUUUCAAUGGAACCUAGUCUGACUACUUCAGCAAUGCUCACUACUGCUACUAACAAUAUUGACUAUCAAAGUCAAUCACAAAUCAUUGUUAUAAUACUGGGAGGUCUCCUUGGACUCACAACAUUUACUGUUCUCGUACUAUCACUGGCAAUGAUCGCAAUACUGAGGAAGAAAGGUAAAACAAACACUAUACCUCAAAUUCAAGAGGCUAAUGACAUUUCAAUCACUACAAAAGAGGAUCCAGUAUAUGAAAUGAUGAACAAUGACAUACCAUCACUUAAUACUAAUAACUACUAUGAAGCUGUUGCUAUCAGUAACACUGAUAACUCUAUGGUGUAUGAUGUCCCUGGAACAAAGCCUCAAGUUUCAUCUUACCCAUACAAAGUUGGACAUUUUAAAUGAUACUUUACUUAAUACACACGCUUACAAUA